GCAACACUAUGGGGCGCUAUGCCCGAUAUUGGCAUAAUAUCAAUCCCCACUACGGGUGGCGUAAAGACAUUAAGACAACAUAGACAUACAUAUACACACCACCACCUCUCUCUCUCUCUCUCUCUCUCUCUCUCUCUCUCUAAAAUCCUGUUAUACCAGUGCACCUUUUUCUCCAAAAAAUCUUCUCCAUAUUCUCAUGAAUCUCAAUCCUCAAAUUCUAUAUAAAAAAACAACAUUAUUAAAUUAUUGGUAAAUCUAGACAGCUAUCUCUUUUAUAGUAAGGACAAAAGCACUUAGAUCUGAAGCCUUCUUCAAAUCAACUGUUUAAGUUUAUCAGUUGUGAGAAAACAAAGAUGAUGCACAGACCUCCUCCCCCUAUGGAUUACUCCCUGAAGGAGACAAAACCGCACCUCGGUGGAGGAAAAAUGGCGGGGGAUAAGGUGACUAGUACAUAUGACCUGGUGGAACAAAUGCAGUACUUAUAUGUUCGCGUAGUGAAAGCACGCGAUUUACCUGCUAUGGAUGUUACGGGUAGUUGUGACCCGUAUGCUGAGGUUCGGUUAGGAAACUACAAGGGGACGACUCGACAUUUUGAGAAGAAGUCGAAUCCUGAAUGGAACCAAGUGUUUGCUUUCUCUAGGGACAGGAUUCAGGCGGGUAUGGUCGAGGUGACGGUUAAGGAUAAAGAUGUUGUGAAAGAUGAUUUCAUGGGUUGUGUGUUGUUUGAUCUUAACGAGGUUCCGAAGCGGGUCCCACCGGAUAGUCCUCUCGCGCCUCAGUGGUAUAGGUUAGAAGAUAGAAAAGGGAACAAGCUGAAAGGAGAGGUAAUGUUAGCUGUUUGGUGGGGUACGCAAGCCGACGAAGCGUUUCCUGAAGCGUGGCAUUCGGAUGCCGCAACUUCUGGUGGGGCCGCCGACGCUCUUGCUAAUAUCCGUUCCAAGGUGUAUCUUUCGCCUAAACUUUGGUAUCUCCGAGUUAACGUGAUUGAAGCACAGGAUUUGAUACCCAAUGGUGAUCGAACGAGGUUUCCCCAAUUUUUUGUCAAGGCGGUUCUUGGAAACCAGGCGCUAAGAACUAGAGUAUCUACGCAUAAAUCUAUGUAUCCUAUGUGGAAUGAAGAUUUAAUGUUUGUAGCGGCUGAACCGUUCGAAGAACAGUUGAUUUUGAGCGUUGAAGAUAGGGUUGCGCCGAAUAAAGAGGAAGUACUUGGAAUGUGCGCAAUCCCGUUGCAGUAUGUGGAACGGCGGUUAGAUCAUAGACUUAUUAUCACCCCAAGGUGGUUUAGUCUUCAUAAGCAUGUUAUGAUCGAUGGCGAAAUAAAGGAAGUGAAAUUCGCUAGCAAGAUUCAUAUGCGGAUUUGCUUAGAAGGCGGUUAUCAUGUUCUCGAUGAAUCUACGCACUAUAGUAGUGAUCUUAGACCGACGGCUAAACCGUUAUGGAAGAAUAGCAUCGGUGUACUCGAAGUGGGAAUCUUGAGUGCUCAUGGGUUAACACCAAUGAAGUCGAAAGACGGAAGGGCGACAACCGAUGCGUACUGUGUGGCUAAAUACGGGACGAAAUGGGUCAGAACACGGACAAUAAUAAACAGUUUUACUCCAAAAUGGAACGAGCAGUAUACGUGGGAAGUUUAUGAUCCGUGCACCGUUAUAACAAUCGGUGUGUUUGAUAACUGCCAUCUGUACAGUGGUAAUGAUGCGAAGGAUUCUAGAAUCGGUAAGGUUAGAAUCCGUCUUUCGACACUUGAAACUGACCGUGUUUACACACAUUCGUACCCUCUUUUAGUUUUGCAUCCAUCCGGGGUGAAAAAAAUGGGCGAGAUUCAUUUGGCGGUUAGGUUUACAUGCUCGUCGUUGCUAAACAUGAUGCACAUGUACUCGCAACCACUUUUGCCCAAAAUGCACUACAUUUACCCGUUAACGAUCUCCCAACUUGAGAGCUUGAGGCACCAAGCCACUCAGAUUGUGUCCAUGCGGUUGAGCCGCGCUGAGCCACCUUUACGGAAAGAGAUUGUGGAGUAUAUGCUGGAUGUCGGUUCGCACAAGUGGAGUAUGCGAAGAAGUAAAGCGAAUCUCUCUAGAAUCAUGGGAGUUUUCGGUGGUUUUAUCGCAAUUGGAAAAUGGUUCGGUCAGAUAUGUUAUUGGAAGAAUCCGAUCACUACGGUUUUGAUUCACAUUCUGUUCUUGAUACUCGUUUUGUACCCCGAGCUGAUUCUCCCGACGAUUUUUCUUUACAUGUUCUUGAUCGGCGUUUGGUACUACCGAUGGAGACCAAAGAACCCACCCCAUAUGGACACUCGCCUCUCAUGCGCAGAUAACGCACACCCAGAUGAACUUGACGAAGAAUUCGACACCUUUCCCACUUCUCGGCAUCCUGACAUCAUCAGAAUGAGAUACGACCGGUUAAGGAGUUUUUCCGGAAGGAUUCAAACCGUCGUCGGCGAUUUAGCAACACAAGGAGAAAGACUUCAGUCUUUACUUAGCUGGAGAGACCCUAGAGCUACAGCAUUGUUUGUUAUCUUCUGUUUAAUCGCUGCUAUCGUUCUGUAUGUCACGCCUUUUCAAGUUGUCGCCCUUAUCACCGGCUUCUAUGUCUUACGACACCCAAGGUUCCGCCACAGGCUGCCAUCCGUCCCACUCAACUAUUUCAGAAGAUUGCCCGCGAAAACUGACUGCAUGCUUUGAUCAACCCAAAAUCAAAACCUGUGAAUCUUUCGGCUUCAGAAGGCAUCAAUCCUGUUAAGAUGCAUACAAUUUUCUUGUCAUGUUAUUUUGUACAUCUUGUUGUUUCGUCCCCCCCCCCCCCCCCCCCCCCCACCACAAAAAAAAAAAAAAAAAAAAAAAAAAAAAAAAAAAAAACCUUGAACAUGUCUCAUUUUGUUCAAAUGUAUCAAUAAUGUUUAUUCGUAGCUUAUCGUAAUUAUCUCGGUGAUAAAUAUCUUGUACCGCAAAUUAACUUCGAUUAAACGUUUCUUGAAUAAGGAAAGAAUUCCUGUUUCUGUU